CGGAUAAUUGUUUUUUUCUUUUCAAACUCAAACACGCAAACGGUGGCGGAGGCGCCGCUGGCGGCAAAAGUAGCACCACCUCUCCUUUUCUUUUCAAAUUCCUUUUAUAGUAAUAUGUUAUAUCUAUUAUAAAUAAACACUACGUAUUGGGGACUCCAAAAUAAGGUUAUUACUUGUUUACUUUGUUCUUUAGUAUCGACAAGAAACAUGGAGAUUACAAAUAAAGUUGUUGAUGUCUCUUAUUUCUUCCACUUAGAGACUACCGGCGAUUCCGAAGCCGGUUACUUUGAUCCCGCCAUAUCUGUUAUCAACCAUGAUGAAGAUGACAACGAUGAUGCCGAGUCAUGCAGCUGUGAUGAUGCCACUACAUCUGAAUCUGAUCUUCUUCAUGUGGUUAAUUAUAGCUUAGAUCACAAAGCAAAUGUUGGCGAUGAUCAUCACGAAGAUGAGGAAGAGGAUGGGGAGGUGGUGGACCAAAAUGGGGUUCAUUUGUGUAAGAAAUGUAUUAAUGGAGUUGUGGUAAAACAAAACAAGAAAGCAUCAGCUGUUUCUUUUGAUUCAACCAUGAAUGAGAUGGAAAAGAACAAGCUGUUCUGGGAAACCUGUCUAGCAUCUUAGAUGCUGUUCUUUUUCUGUUUUGUUUUUUUGUCCUUUCUUUCCCCCAAUUCCCUGCAAAUCAACCAUAUUUAGAUAGAAUAGGCAAUGUUAGAGAACUUCGAUUUCAAACACAAACACAAGUUCAGCCUCAUUACUGAACCUUUGAUUCAAACAAUACUAACUUUAUCGAUUUACAGAAGCAAAUCAUGAACGAAGAGCAACAAAGUAUUGUUUUACAUAAUGUAAGGAUGAACCAUCAUCAGUCAGAUAGCAUUAGACAAGGACAGUGACAAUCUAGAUUGUCUAUCAUCUCCACAUCCUUAUGUGCUUGGCUCUUCCUUCCGACCGGAGUCCCUUCCAUCACUAAUUCUCGAGGCAAAAAUUCUUUCAGGUAAGACAGUAACUGGACUUGAAUGAUCACUUUGUAAUUCGUUAGCUGGUUCCUCCAAAAAGACUAUUGGUGACCGUCUUAUUAUUCUCAUCUAGUUGCCUCAAGAAGCAUUCCUCUAUUUCAUCUAAUGACUGAACUUCAUCUUC